AUGGCCACUUCGACACGCCCCUCUGCCGCCCUGGCCCAAGGCCGGGUAGUGGGCAUCAAACUUGAAGAUCAGACCGUUGACUCCUUCCUGGGUAUCCCGUAUGCCCUUCCCCCCGUGGGAGCCUUGCGCUUCAGACCCGCGGUUCCGGUUCCUCAAUCAACAGAUACGCUCGAUGCGUCCAAGUACGGCCCCGCAGCUCCAGGAAAAGCAUUGCUUCCAGGUGGACCAAAGCUCGAACAAAACGAAGACUGCUUGACUGCGAACGUGUUUCGACCUGCCGGAACUCAUGAAGCUGCAAGACUCCCCGUGGCGAUAUAUAUCCAUGGCGGUGCUUUCAAUCGCGGCGCCGCUGCGAUGCAUAACACUGCGUCCAUGAUCGCAUGGUCGGAAGAGCCCUUUGUCGCUGUGAGUUUUGGUUAUCGUGUCGGAGCUCUCGGAUUUUUGCCUUCCACAUUGAGUCAGAAGGAAGGUCUUCUCAACCUCGGCUUGCGUGAUCAAGUGCUUCUGUUUCGGUGGGUCCACGAGAACAUUGAAAAAUUCGGUGGUGAUCCUGGAAAUGUUACUUUGUUUGGUCUCUCGGCGGGAGCUCACUCGAUCGGACACCAUCUUCUCAACUACGAUGAACAACAUCCGGCCCUGUUCCACCGCGUCGUUCUGGAAUCUGGAUCACCGACCUCUCGAGCAGUUCGUCCCUACGAUGCAAAUAUUCAUGAGCAGCAAUUCCAGGACUUUCUGAGAGAAGUUGGUUGCCCAGAUGAUCUGUCUGAAUCGGAAAUAUUUCCUUUUCUGCGCUCCCUACCCAGCAAAAUAGUCACAGAUGCUCAGACCGUUGUAUUCGACAAAUACAAUCCAUCGUUACGUUGGGCAUUUCAGCCUGUGAUAGACGGAGACAUCAUCUCUCGCAAACCUUUGGACGCAUGGGACUCACAGCUAUGGAACAAAGUACCCAUCAUGACCGGCUUUAAUAGCAACGAGGGAACGAUGUAUGUGGACAAGAAAAUGGCGCAGUCCUCCGAGUUCCGUGAGUUCUGGCGUAAUCUGCUCCCGGAACUGUCAGCCGCAGACCUGGACACGAUUGAGAAACUGUAUCCCGACCCGAGUAUCGAUCCUGCUUCGCCGUACAUCGAAACACGCAAGGGACGAGGUCUGGGUCCGCAAUACAAACGCAUCGAAGCUGCAUAUGGUCACUACGCCUAUGUGGCUCCUGUCCGCCAGACUGCGCAGUUUGCCUCGGCGCAAGGCGUGCCUGUUUACCUGUACCACUGGGCAUUACCCAGAACACUGGUUGGGCGCGCGAACCAUGGCGAUAAUAUGUACUAUGAGACAUACAACAGCGCCAUCACGGGUAUAUCAGAGUCACAGAAGGAAUUAUCCGGAACUCUCCAUGCGUAUCUGACUAGUUUCAUUACCAAAGGCGAUCCCAAUGCUCUGGAAGGUCGGUAUGCUCAACGACCACGAUGGAAGCCUUACACGCCUCAAGCGGAGAAUGUGAUGGUUUUUGGAGAAGACAAUGAAGAACUAAUUGGGGGUGCGGCGGCUCCGGCUUCCAAGUCCGUAGAGGACAAGUGGGCUAGACCUGAGACAGAUUUUUGGUGGUCGAAGGUCGAAAUUUCGCAGAUUGCGUGA